AUGCGUGCUACUUUGUCUGGAUUGUUGCUGGCUGCUGCAGCCUCAACGGCAGUAGCCCACGGCCAUGAGGGACACGCAAAGGUUCAUCAAGAGUAUGCCAGAGCAGCAGCAGUUGAUACAUCGACGUUGAAGGGCAAGUGGCUGUACGGCUAUCAAGGCUGGUUCCGCAAGCCAGCAUCCGGUGUUAACAACCACUGGUCUCCCAACGGCGGAACUCCAGGACCUGGCAAUGUUGAAUUCGAGUUUGUGCCCGAUGUCAGCCAGUAUCCGGCCAACUGCCUCUUCACGUCAACUUUGACAGCACCCAAUGGCCAACCGGUGCAACUCUACGACAACACUUGCCAGGGAGUUGUCGACUUGCACUUUAAGUGGAUGCAGCAGUAUGGAAUUGACGGAAUCAUUGUACAACGAUUCCUCAGUCAUCUCACCGAUGCCUCUUUCAUCACAAUCCUCAACCAAGUCGAAGCCGCCGCCGUCAAAUACGGCCGAGGCUUCAUGGUCGAAUACGACGCCUCAGGCGGAAACUCCGCCUCCGCCAGCGUCGCAUCUACGAUCCUCGCCGACUACAACUCCAAGAUCAAGCCCUACACCACCUCGUCCGCCUACAUCCACCACAACGGCAAGCCCGCCGUCAUGGUGUUUGGCGUGGGCUUCCCCACCGUCGCCAUUAACGUCACCGACGGCGCAAACAUUGCCACACAGCUCAAGAACGCCGGCGCGUAUGUUGGCUUUGGCGUGCCCGCCAACUUUGGCACGGAUGUGAGGGCAAACACGGGCUUUGCGUCGGCGUACAAGGCGGCCAACUUGAUUAGCCCUUGGACUGUGGGAAGUUUUAGCAACGGUGGUUACUUGAAGGGAUACCACACGACGACUCAGAUUCCCGACUCUCAAACCCUCCAAUCCCUCGGCAUCGACCACGCCCCCCUCAUCUGGCCCGGCACCUCAGCCUACCACCUCAACGGCGUCAACACCCCCGCAAACUUUGACUACUUCCCCCGCUUCAACGGCUCCUUCUACUCGAUGCAAGCCGACGCAAUCACUGGCCUGGCAGUCAAGCCCCUGUUUGCGUUCAACGCCAUGUUUGACGAAAUCAACGAAGGUACCCAAAGCCUGCCAUGCUUGAAAAACAACCAGCUCCCCACCAACGAAAAGUUCGUGGGCUACGACAACACCUUUGCCGACACUGCUUUUUACCUCGAGCUCGGUGGACAAAAGGCCGCUGCGUUUGCGGCUGCUGUCAAAUAA